AGAGCGCGGCUCCGGGACGCGCGGCUAGGCGUCGGCCAGAGUUUCCCCGCGUCGGACGCGCCUCCGCGGGGCUCGGGCCGUUGCAGAGAAGCGGCGGCUCUCCUUUCCUCCCACCCCCGACGGCGCGGCCAUGGCGUUCGCGCUGCUGCGCCCGGUGGCGGCGCGCGUCCUGUACCCGGAGCUGCGCCUGCUGUCGGAGGAGGACGACGCGUCGGAGGACGACGAGGAAGCGCGCAGCGGAGGCAGCAGCGACGCGUCGGAGCGCUCCUUCGGCUGCUGUCCAGCCGCCGCCCGGCCGUCCGGCGGGCCGGUGGUGGUGGUGAAGCAGCGGCAGGCGGCCAACGCGCGCGAGCGGGACCGGACGCAGAGCGUGAACACAGCCUUCACGGCGCUGCGCACCCUCAUCCCCACCGAGCCGGUGGACAGGAAGCUCUCCAAGAUCGAGACGCUGCGCCUGGCGUCCAGCUACAUCGCACACCUGGCCAACGUGCUGCUCCUGGGCGACGGCGCCGACGACGGGCAGCCCUGCUUCCGCGCCCUGUGCGGGGCCAAGGGAGACGUGAUGGAGCCGGGCAAGCAGCCGCGCAGCAUCUGCACCUUCUGCCUCAGCAACCAGAGGAAGGGGGUGAGUCCUGCUGCCCGAGGGGGCUGCGGGUGCGGGAGUCCAGGAUAGCUUAGAAGCGCUCAGCGCUCGGGUCCCUAAUCCUUCACCUGGAAGCAGGGGCAUAGCCAAUAUUUUUGUGGGAGGGGGGAGAAACUUGUUGGAGGGGCAGACGCGAUGGGUCAGUUAAGUACAGUGGUACCUCGGGUUACAUACACUUCAGGUUACAGACACUUCAGGUUACAGACUCCGCUAACCCAGAAAUAGUACCUCGGGUUAAGCACUUUGCUUCAGGAUGAGAACAGAAAUCUUGCUCUGGCGGCACAGUGGCAGCAGUAGGCCCCAUUAACUAAAGUGGUAAAGGUAAAGGGACCCCUGACCAUUAGGUCCAGGAGUGGCCGACUCUGGGGUUGCGGCGCUCAUCUCGCUUUAUUGGACGAGGGAGCCGGCAUACAGCUUCUGGGUCAUGUGGCCAGCAUGACUAAGCCGCUUCUGGCAAACCAGAGCAGCGCACGGAAACACCGUUUACUUUCCCGCCGGAGCGGUACCUAUUUAUCUACUUGCACUUUGACGUGCUUUCAAACUGCUAGGUGGGCAGGAGCAGGGACCGAGCAACGGGAGCUCACCCUGUCGCGGGGAUUUGAACCGCCGACCUUCUGAUUGGCAAGUCCUAGGCUCUGUGGUUUAGCCCACAGCACCCUCAGGUUAAGAACAGUUUCAGGUUAAGAACGGACCUCUGGAACAAAUUAAGUUCUUAACCCUGAAGUACCACUGUAUUUCUAUGGCCCCCCUCCUUGCUACACCCAUUCCUGGAAGCAACUACUCAGCAGCACUCUGUGCAUGUUCAGAGGCACGCUUUGUUUGGCAAUCGUGGCCCCUGUUGCAAGGCAGGGGCCUGGCAUGCAGAAGCAACUCUCCAGGGUGGGGAGGUUUAUAAAAGCCCUCAUUUCCCAGGGAGCUAGCAGAUUGUUCCCUUACACACAGGUCAGUUUUGCUUCUCCUGUGAAAACCCUAGGUGGGAGGUAGGAAAUUGCCUCCUCCUAUCAGCUGAGGGGAUUCCAAUCAGGCCAGCAGAGUUGGUUCUUCAUUUUAUGUGUUUGUAUAUCCCUGUGCUUUUUAUAGGCUGCGACAAACAGUGCUUGACUCCAAACCCUCUGUUCAGGACCAGAGCUAAGACUUGAAUCAAAUGUGAUAAUAAUAAUAAUAAUAAUAAUAAUAAUAAUAAUAAUAAACAACUUUUAUUUAUAUCUCACCCUCCCCAGCCAAAGUCGGGCUCAGGGUGGCUAACAUCAAAUAUAUAACACUGGUAUAAAAUCAAACAAUAAUUAAAUUACUUCCUAGAAACAGGUCAGAAUCAAAUUAAAGUCUAAUUAGAUGGCUUCCCGCAGGGUUAUGGUUGGGAACAGUAAGUGCUCAUCAGGAGAGGGUGUCUCUGGACAUGCGCAGAAUGCUUUCCUCUUACUGUUUAAGCAGGGGGGCACACCUGCACUCACCAGGUUGGGGGGAAAACGCUGGAAUUCCUGGCUUCUCCAAAGACUUCAGUGCGGAAACUUCCAAUGCUAGAAGUUUAUUCCCCUUUGUGCAGAUGGGUAGACUGAGGUUGGGAGAUGGUGGCUAGCCCUUUGUUCAUUGAUGAAUGAGUCUAGGUCCUGAUCUAACACCAGCCCUCUAGAAUUCUUUUUAUUGAUUGCAUUUAUACCCCAACUUUUGCUCCUCCUCAAGUGUGGCAUACAUCUCCCCUCUCUUCAUUUAAUCUCCACAUCAACCCUGUGAAGUAGGUUAGACUGAGGGGCCAUCACUGGCCCAAGGUCACCCAGUGAAGCUCCAUGGCAGAGGUUGUAAUUGGACACGCUAACCACAAACCUCUAGGAUAGCAAGGCACAGUGUUAGUUCUGAGUGCUUGCAUAUACUGCCUGUUUUCCAUCUAUUUCCUGCAUCUCCCCACUGCAAAAUAGUGAUUGGGGGGCUGUAGUCAGACAUGGCUUCCAUCUCUACUGGACUGGCCCUCCUGGACCCGAUCCACUCUUCUGACAGCAGGGAGAUGAGGAGGCUUUGGCCUUCAUAACUUGCUGGUGGGCCACUUGCAUAAAACAGGAUCCUGGAGUCAAAUGAUCUUUGGUCUGAUCCAGCUGGGCAAUUUUUGUCUUUUGAGGUAGUUAGCGCAACCAACACAUCCUCAAAAUAUUUGAGCCUCCUACAGGCAACCGAUUUUGCACAGCAUUCAUCCUGAUUUGCUUAUAUCAGGGGUCAGCAAACUUUUUCAGCAGGGGGCCGGUCCACUGUCCCUCAGACUUUGUGGGGGCCCGGACUAUAUUUUGGGGCAAAAAAUGAAUUUAUUCCUGUGCCCCACAAAUAACCCAGAGAUGCAAUUUAAAUAAAAGCACACAUUCUACUCAUGUAAAAACACCAGACAGGCCCUACAAAUAACCCAGAAAUGCAUUUUAAAUAAAAGCACACAUUCUACUCAUGUAAAAACAUGCUGAUUCCCGGACCGUCCUUGGGACGGAUUUAGAAGGCGAUUGGGCUGGAUCCGGCCCCCGGGCCUUAGUUUGCCUACCCAUUACUUUCAGCGGUUCGCAACCUGUGGGUCCUCAGAUGUUGUUGGACCACAACUCCCAUCAUCCCUGAGCUCUGGCCUUGCUAGCUAGGGGUGAUGGGAGUUGUAGUUCAACAACAUCUGGGGACCCACAGGUUGAGAAAGGCUGGCUUAUAUGGCGGUUAGGGUGCGCCCAGUAUUUUUUGAGCACUCAUCCUGUUCUGCUUGAUGGGGGGAGUGUCUCUACAUCUUCCCAUUCAGGCACUCCACACUUUUUGACCCACUUGUAUCAAAAGCGGUUUUGUUGUGCCAGGGCAAGAGAACUGUUAAAUUUGCACACACCUGAAAUUCUGGUGUAUGAAACAGACAGUCUGGAGGCAUCGCCAGUCCGAGCUGCAUUUCCUUGUAGGAGGAGUUGGUUAGAGCAGGCAUGGUUCCCUGUUUUUUUCCUGAAAACCCGAUUUUCAAAUUACACUGAAUAUAUAUGUUUCAAUGGAGAUACGGGAACAAAACACCAAGAAGACGCACAACGGUAGACAAAAAUCCGUUUCAGCUGCUCAGUCUUUUCCAGUUCACUUUGUUUUCUCAGUUGUCAAUGGAGAAAGUGAUAACAUUCAGUUCCUGGUUCCAAAUAAUGUUUUUUUGUGUUUGCUUUAGGGAUCCUUGUUGUUGUUCUUUGUCCUGAUUUAGUAUAAUAAGACUGCUUCCGAUAUUCCUUUAUAAGGUUGCUUGCAAGCUGGGGUUAGUUUGGGUUUAUAUAGAGAGAGAGAGAGCAAACUGUGUCUCAGCACUGCCAUGGCUUGGGCUGUUGCAUCAGCCACAGAGUCUACUGCUUGUGGAAUGGCAACCAGGAGGUCUUUGGGCAGACAGAGGUAGAAGGAAGAAUAACAAACCAUGGUUGGCUUGUGUGUGUCUGAUGCAGAACAUGCAAUAGUCUAUGGCUAGUACAAACCAUGGGCUAUUGUAAUGUCUGAACCAGCCUAUAUAUAUUCAGUAAUGGCUGGGGGAGCCAGCAUACCGUCACCAUUGGGUGACAGUGGCCUUUAGCGUUAUGGAGGGCCAAAGGUUCCCCACCCCUGAUCUAGGGACUCCCCAUUGAUUCUGGUGGGUUUGGUAUCCUAUUAUGAAAACUGGGGCUUGCCCCUUGAUCUCUAGCAUGACAACGACAUGGGGAGGAAGGGGUUAUUCUGUUCUUGCAGAGUUGCCUAAAAAUUCUUUAGGCCAAGCCUGUUUAAUGUCUGCAGGUCAGUUUUAUACUGAUGCUCUGUUGCACCAGCAAACAUUUCACGCUUGCAUCUCCUGAGGGGACUGAAGGAUUUGCACCAACGCGUGAGCCUCAGAGCAUCUUUUAUGAAUGAGCUUUUGCUGUCUUUCCUCUUCUGAAACCUUGUAGGCUAGGGUUACCAGACGUCUCUGGUUCCGGGGAACACUCCCUGGAUUUGCAAAUCCGUCCCCGGACAAAUUCUGUCACCAGAAUGCCCCCAGAUUUGCAAAUCUGUCCGCAGGAAACGUGGCAGCAGCAACCUCAGCAGCCCAGAGCCAGCCUGGUAGCGCAGUUGGCUCUGGCUGGCUUCAUAAACUGCUUGCUGCCAUGGCGCCUGCCACUUUUCCUCACCGGAAGUCCCCAUAUGAUGUGUUACCCAUUCAGGCAUAGGCAUGAUGCUCUGCCUAAGACCGAGCUAAUAUUAUUAAUAAUAAAUAAUAAUAAUUUAUUUAUUACUUAUACCUCGUCCAUCUGGCUGGGUCUCCCCAGCCACACUGGGCGGCUCCCAACAGAAUAUUAAAAACACAAUAAAACAUCAAACAUUAAAAACUUCCCUAAAGAGGGCUGCCUUCAGAUGUCUUCUAAAAGUCAGACAGUUGUUUAUUUUCUUGACAUUUGAUGGGAGGGGUGUUCCAGAGGGUGGGCGCCACCACCGAGAAGGCCCUCUGCCUGGUUCCCUGUAACCUCACUUCCCCCAGUGAGGGAACCACCAGAAGACCUCGGAACUGGACCUCUGUGUCCAGGCCGAAUGAUGGGGGUGGGGACGCUCCUUCAGGUAUACUGGGCUGAGGCCAUUUAGGGCUUUAAAGGUCAGCACCAACACUUUGAAUUGUGCUCAGAAAUGUACUGGGAGCCAAUGUAAGUCUUUCAAGCCCGGUGUUAUGUGGUCUCGGUGGCUGCUCCCAGUCACCAGUCUAGCUGCCACAUUCUGGAUUAGUUGUGGUUUCCGGGUCUCCUUCAAAGGGAGCCCCACGUAGAGCACAUUGCAGUAGUCCAAGCGGGAGAUAACCAGAGCAUGCACCACUCUGGUGAGACAGUGCGCAGGCAGGGAGGGUCUCAGCAGACUAAACAAUUCCAUGCUAACUGGACCUUCUGUGGCAGAAUGGGGCUGUGUGACUGGCUGUUAACUAGAAAGUUGGUGGUCUGAGCCCACCCAGGAACAGCUGAUUGGACUAGAUGAGGGGUCCUCAUUCUGUGAUUCUAUUUUGAUCUGCAUCUGCAGCAUCCUGUGUUCCUUAUCGGGGUUCCUAGAUGCUAACAGCACCACUAACAGCACGUGAGCUUCACAGGGAGACUGAUUGUGUCUCUGUGUAGUCUAGCUUCAGUAAUCAGGACGCAUGUAUCAUCUCCCCAUCUUUGGGUCUUUGCAGCACUUUAACGGGCUGUCAAGGGAAUUCAAUUUUGUUGGGAGCAGUGGCUUUUAACAGGACAUUUUCACAACGUGACAUUCAGCUGAAUUUUACAGCCAAAGUGUAGAAUCCAGCAGCAGGAAUAAAAUCAUAUUGAACAUUCCUGCGCUGUAGGGGGUUGGACAAGAUCAGGCAUAGGCAAACUCGGCCCUCCAGGUGUUUUGGGACUACAACUCCCAUCAUCCAUAGCUAACAGGACCAGUGGUCAGGGAUGAUGGGAAUUGUAGUCCCAAAACAUCUGGAGGGCCGAGUUUGCUUAUGACUGGACUAGAUGAUUCUCAUAGUCGCUCCCAAUGCUACAAUUCUGUGAUUAGCAGCUUCAUUCAAUAGCUUCUAAUUACUGGAAGAGCACAUGGAUUUGAUGUAUAAUGCCCAGUCUAGCAUCUCUGGUUGCAGAGAAAGACAUCUGGUGGUCAGCAAACAGACAACUGUAUUGAUUUUCGAAGAGCAAUGCUCUGCUCCAAAUAUUAAGCAGUCUUCACCAAUCCAGUGCCCUCCAGAUGUUCUGCAACUGCAACUCUUCCCCAGCCACCAUGGCCAAUGAUCAAAGAUAAUGGGAUCUGUAGUGUAAAGCAACUUCACAGGUUGUUGGAAGGAGAAAGGGGAAUGUUGGCAGGAUCACAGCGGUGUGUGGGUUUUGUCCUUCAAGCCACGGUAGUUUCAACUUCCAAAAAUGGAGAAGACGACGAGGGGAGCCCAGGAUAUGCUUGUGUUUUGUUUUGAAAAAAUGGCUCGAUCAAAAAAUUUUCUUUCUAAGUGCUGGGAAGGAGUGCGACCUUUUUGAUUUCCAAAGUGACUGGAGGAGAGCCUUAAUCUAGGGCUCAGCCUGGGAGCUGGCUGUCAUUCCAGACUCGCUCCGGCUUCCGGCUAUUCCCCAGCUGGUGAUGACAUCAUGACCUUCGCCAUGGCAACCUUCUGUGAGGCCAUAAGCAAGACUCCUGGCGGGGAGAGGCAGGAAGGGCGACGCUCCAGGUCCCAUGCCCCCUUCUGCCAAAACGGCCGUUGCUCUUAGUCCCUUAAGGUCUGGGCGCAUCUCCUCCCGCACGUCACAUGCUGGAACAUGCUGGCUAUGCGCUUUCUCCAACCAGAGAUGGCAACCCGGAUGCACAUUGCUGAAAGGGGGAGAGAUGGUAGAUCAGCUUGCAUGAGUUGUGCGUGCGGAAGGUUCUGGGUUCAAUCCCUGCUAUCUCCAGGGAAUGAACCCUGCCUGGUAUCCUGAAGGGUCUCUGCCAGUUGCUGCGGGCAGCAGUGAGCUUGGUGGAGCCAAGAGGCCAGACUCACAGUGCAAGGCAGAUUCCCAGGUUCCAUGUGGUGUGCCUGCUUCCCCUGCAAAAGCCUCUCCUCUCCCAAGUUUGAAAAGCAAAGGCGUUCGUUCUUUCAGUUUCUGUAUUUAAGGUUGGGAAAAUAAGUAGCCUGAAAAAUUCAUUUCUCUACAUUUCUGCUCCACUUUGCAAGUCCUUGUCACUGGAUUUUAAAGCCCUUUUGAAAAAUUGUCAGCAUCAAUUGGAUGCAUGAGGACCAUCUGAUCCAAGUCCCUGCAAUGCAGGAAUCUUUUGCCCAACAUGGGGCUUGAACCCAUGAACUCUGCAGUUAAGCCCUUUGUGGCUUAAGGCCCUCGUAUCUAUGGGACCGCCUCUCCUGGUCUGCCCCUCAGAGGACCUUAAGGUCCAUGAACAACCAUAGUUCAGAGGUCCCUAAGGAAGUUAGAUUAUCCUCCACCAGGGCCAGGGCCUUCUCAGUGAUGGCUCCCACCUGGUGGAAUGCUCUGUCCCAUGAGACCAGGGCCCUUCAGGAUUUAACCUCCUUCCGUCAGGCCUGUAAGACAGAGCUAUUCCGCCUGGCCUUUAAUUUGAAUUCAGCCUGAUCUUUUAUUUCCCUUCCCUUCCCUCCCCCUCCCCUUUUAUGAAGAUUACCCGCUCUGAGACCCCACAGCUAAUUCUCCCCUGGCCUCCUCGCUGGCCCAAGUAGGACCAAUUCAGCCAGCUAGCCCUGGGGAUUACCUAAUGUUUAUUUCCCCUAAAUUGAUUUUUGAAUUUUAUUGUUAUUCAUGUUUUUAUACUGUAUUUUAUGCUGCUUUUAUAAUUAUAAUUUUAUAAUUUGUUGUUAGCCGCCGUGAGCCCAGUUUUUGAACCGGGAAGGGCGGGGUAUAAAUAAAUUUAUUAUUAUUAUUAUUAUUAUUAUUAUUAUUAUUAUUAUUACUGAUGCUGGACUAGAUGGGCCAUUGACGUGAUCUAGCAGCCUCUUGCAUUCUUCUGCUUACUGGGAGGCACAAGGGGAAGGUGGGGCAGCAGCAAGGUUGGUGCUCUGCAAGCAGACAGGUGGAGCCUACUUGGCAUUCCCUCCAGCAAAUCUGCACUGGGCAAACCUCACCCCAGCUUCACCCCUACCCCUUACCCUCCUGGCGAUCAGCAGUGACAAAACUGACCAUAGGUCAGGUGACUGGUGACCAACGCUGCUGUUGGGCUGAUCCGGAAUCCUUGGUUGUUCCUAUGUGUGUGUGUGUGUGAAGGCAUUAUUCAGAAUAGCGCUUUGCACAACCCACUAAGAAAGAUAAUAGCACAAUAAAAUUCAGAACAGAAGCAACUGCACACUUACUCACAAUGAUAUUAAAGUUGGAGGUCUAAAUGAUUAUCAGACUUUGGAAAACCUGGUAUUACUGGGUCAAGAUCAUCAUUUCCUGUUGCAUUAAACUUAAAUUCAACAGAACUGAUGAACUUGACCCAGUGGUACCAGGUUUCCCAAAGUCUAAUAGUCAUUAACAGCUACACCUCUUGCCCCCUUGUCUUUUGGUGACCCCAUAAGUAAUCCACACCCCACCCAGAAGGCAGUACCACCCACUUUGAGAGCUGAUGCCCUAGAGAAUUCUGGGACAUGGGUGUUGUUAGAGGGUAGCCCAGGGUGACUGAACCUUGCGUCUUUCACACCGGGCUUUAGAAAGCGUUAUUUUCACUUUGCUUACAGUACUGGUGAGACCUCAGCUACUUGCCGUCUUAAUUUGCCCAGAGAUAUCUCUACACUUUGGGGAUGCGGGUGGCGCUGUGGGUUAAACCACAGAGCCUAGGACUUGCUGAUCAGGAGGUCGGCGGUUCGACCGCGACGGGGUGAGCUCCCACUGCUCGGUUCCUGCUCCUGCCAACCCAGCAGUUCGAAAGCACGUCAAAGUGCAAGUAGAUAAAUAGGUACCACUCCAGCGGGAAGGAAAACGGCAUUUCCGUGCGCUGCUCUGGUUCGCCAGAAGCGGCUUAGUCAUUCUGGCCACAUGACCUGGAAGCUGUACACUGGCUCCCUUGGCCAAUAAAGUGAGAUGAGCGCCGCAACCUCAGAGUCGGUCACGACUGGACCUAAUGGUCAGGGGUCCCUUUACCUUUACCUAUCUCUACACUUUAAGUAACGCACAUACCCUGAGCCUUUUCAAUACCUAGUAAUGACCCUGUUCUGAGACCAGUGGCAGGAUUCUGGCUCUCAAACAUCAGCAGCCCCCUGCGUGGCACUAAAAUUUGGCGACCCGCACCUCUUGCGCUCUGUUCUGCAGCAUUGCAAUGGUGCCCGCUGCGGCCAAACCGGGUGUGCCACCCUAAAACCGCCUCUGCCUAGGGAUUCAGAUCGCAUGAGCACUGGCUGCUGGGCUGAGAUGUUCCCUUGAAAUGAAUCAAAUGGUGCAUCGCAGGAGAAGGUUGAGCCUGGAGAACAAGGUGCCUUCCAAGCCAGCUAGGCUGCCGUGAAUGACUUUGGGGUGCCAAGUGGCAAAAGGCUUAAACUAGCCUGGCAAAGCCUCACCCACCAAGACCGAACUCUAUGCUCCCCAAUUGGUGUAAAAGGUAAAGGUAAAGGGACCCCUGAUCAUUAGGUCCAGUCGUGGCCGACUCUGGGGUUGCAGCGCUCAUCUCGCUUUAUUGGCCGAGGGAGCCGGCGUACAGCUUCCAGGUCAUGUGGCUGGCAUGACUAAGCCGCUUCUGGUGAACCAGAGCAGCACACAGAAACGCCGUUUUCCUUCCCGCUGGAGUGGUACCUAUUUAUCUACUUGCACUUUGACGUGCUUUCGAACUGCUGGGUUGGCAGGAGCAGGAACCGAGCAGUGGGAGCUCACCCCGUCGCGGUCGAACCGCCGACCUCCUGAUCAGCAAGUCCUAGGCUCUGUGGUUUAACCCACAGCGCCACCCACGUCCCUCCCCAGUUGGUGAGUAGAGAGUUAAUCCUGAUCUCUGCAGGAUUGCUAAGUGACAGGAACUGGUGGGCAGGUGGAUAUGGUUUGGGAGGUGGGAAUGGUCUCACCAGCUAAUGGUUCUCACCCCCUACCACAGAUAAUUAUCUUUGCAUGCAUUGGUUUGAAACUAGCUUUUUUCUUUUCUUGCAGCUGCUGUUCAUAAACGAAAGGAAAUGUUGCUAGGGAUGGUGGGGAGGGAGUGUCACAGUACCGAUCUGGAUUGUCCCAAAACGUGACCCUUACUCAGAGUUCAUUAGUUGAAAACGUCUUUGGCAAUGCAACAUGCAGCUUAGGGCCAUGCCUGCAGGAUGGUGAGCCUUAGUCCGGAGGGUAGGUGUAGCCCCCCAGGCAUCUCUGUCUUGCCCCCAGGACUCUCUCCAGGUCACACCACCCUCUGAGCUGCCCCCUUUACCAUCCCCAUUUUGCCCCAUCCUCAAGUGCUUUUCGCUUGCCUAAAAAGAUGCUACGUCUUGCUUGCCUGGAAAGAGGAUAAGUGAGCGUUGUGUGAACGUGACACCGCUUCUGUACAAAAGGCAUUGAUUGCCCUGCCCUCUUUGGCCCCUGGAACGUUACACAGACGGGAAGGUGGCCCUCCAUCUAGAUUAUCCUCCACCAGGGCUGGGGCCUUCUCAGUGAUGGCUCCGACCUGGUGGAAUGCUCUGUCCCAUGAGACCAGGGCCCUGCAGGAUUUAACCUCCUUCCGCAGGGCCUGUAAGACAGAUCUAUUCCGCCUGGCCUUUAAUUUGAAUUCAGCCUAAUCUUUUAUUCCCCUUCCUUCCCUCCCCCUGCCCUUUUUAUGAAGAUUACCCGCUCUGGGAUCCCACAGCUAAUUCUCCCCUGGUCUCCUCACUGGCUCAAAUAGGACUAAUUUAGCCAACUAGCCCUGGUGAUCAUCUAAUGUUUAUUGGAUGGAUUUUCCCUCUAUAUUGAUUUUAUUGUUAUUUAUGCUUUAUACCGUAUUUUAUGCUGUUUUUUUGUAGCAUCAAUUAAGUGUUUUAAAUUUGUAGUUAGCCGCUCUGAGCCCAGUUUCCUGAACCGGGAAGGGCGGGGUAUAGAUAAAAAAUUAUUAUUAUUGUCUGAAAAGAGUCCCCCACCCUGGCGUAGUGACUAAGAAGCUGAGGUUCAAAUGGGGGAGCCUGCCGCAAUUUCAGGCUUGUGAGUCCACCGGGUGAGUGGGUGACUUCAGGCCCCUUCCAUCAUCCGUCUAAUAACAUUGGCCUACCUUGGGAGGUUCUUGUGACUGUUGCAAGACAAUGCAGGUGAAUUGCUUUACUUGCUGUGUUUCUGCUUCCUCUCCAGGGAGCUCAGUGUGGCAUGAAUUCCCCCCUCCCCGUUUAAUCUGCACAACAACCCUGUGAGGUAGGUUAGGCUGAAGGGCAGUGAAUGACCCCACCCCAGUCACUACCUAUUGAGCUUCAUGGCCGAGUGGGGGUGCAAACCCUGGUCAUAGCUGUCAACUUACAGAUUUGAAAAUAAGGGACCAGCAGCCUCGAAAAUAAGGGAUCAGCAGCCAAAAUAAGGGAUCAACAAUUACUUUGAUAAAAUACGUAUUUUGUUGCGUGCAAAUGGCUUUAGAUACCUAUUAGUUCCAUACAUUACCAUAUAGCAUAUAUUCAACACAAAAAACACAGCAACAAUUUGUUCUUGACAAAGCACAGCUGGACGCAGAAAGGACAACAUCAGGAGCUUAUUUAAGGGACAUCAUCAAUAAGGGACAGCAGCGGGACAUGGCGCUGGGAUAAGGGACUGUCCCGCCAAAUAAGGGACGCUUGACAGCUAUGACCCUGGUCUUCCACAGCUCCUAGUCUACCAUUCUAACUGAAACUGUUAGAAACUGAAAUAUAGAAGCUAAUCGCCAAAUAGCACCUUAGGUUACAGCUGCCACAACGGAAUGUUUCCUGUUUUUCCCAUUUUUCCCUGAUGAGAUUUAUUGCUAUUAUUAUUCAUUUAAUUUCUAUACAGCUUUGAAUUUUAAAGGAAAAAAAUAUUCAGUGCUGUUUACCUUAAAACGUAACACAAAACAAUUGAGAAACAACUAAUUGUGUGGUGUAGUGGUUAAGAGCGGUAGUCUCGUAAUCUGGGGAACCGGGUUCGCUCCUCCACCUGCAGCUGCUGGGUGACCUUGGGCCAGUCACACUUCUCUGAAGUCUUUCAGCCCCACUCACCUCACAGAGUGUUUGUUGUGGGGGAGAAAGGGAAAGGAGAAAGUUAGCCACUUUGAGACUCCUUCGGGUAGUGAUAAAGCGGGAUAUCAAAUCCAAACUCUUCUAAUUCAAGCUUCAAGGAAAAUAUUUCAGAUCCUUCUCUAAAUGACAAUUGGCUUUACCGAUAUUUAUUUAUAUGGAACUCCUAUUUGGGGACUUCCCUGGCUUUUUCCUGGCCCAUGUAGGACCAGUCUGGAUAGUUAGCCUUGGUGAAGACUUGACGUUUUCAUCCCAAAAAAAGUUUUUGAUUUGAGUUUCCAAUGAAAUGAGGCUGUAUUUUAAUGUUUUAAUGUUGUAUUUUAAACUUGUUUUUAAGUUGUAUUUCAAUCAAUUGUUUUUAUAUUGGGUGUUAGCCGCCCUGAGCCCGGUCUUGGCUGGGGAGGGUGGGGUAUAAGAAGUAAGAAGAUUAUGUAGUAGAUAGUAGUAGUAGUAGUAAGCCUACUUCAUUUAUGUAGCUGCCACAGAGCAGAAGGACUCUAGGAAGGCAGUGUGGUGUAGUGGUUAGAGUGUCAGACUUGGACCUGGGAGAUUAGGGUCUUCGCCUACCUCACAGGGUUGUCGUAGGGAUUAAUUAAAGAGAGAGGUGAACCAUGUACUCUUUGGAGGAAAGGGGGGGUAUAAAUGCAAUAAAUAAGCUUUUCUGCUGACCUGCUUAAGAAAGCUAGAGGGGCCAGCCAGAUGUCAGUCAUCAGUCUGGCGUCCAGAGAUCUCCAUGUGGUCACGAUUGGGCCCGUGCCAGUCGCAAAACACGCCCGGUGCCUGGGGAAUUUCUUUUUUUAUAUAUAAAUUUUUAUUAGUUUUUUAAACAUAUCAUUUUCAACAGUAAUUAAACAUACUUUUACAUCUUAUUCAAUUUUUCUGACUUCCACCAGUCCUGUCUGAAAAUUUUCCAAUCUAAUCUCUUAGUAUGCAUUUCUUAUUUCCCCUAUUACAUUUCAAACUCAUAACCAAUAUCUCUAUCUUUUCCUACUUUGUAACACUUCCUAUAUUUCUCCUUACAAAACUUCUUGUAGUCCUACUAGCGUAAUUUGGUGCCUGGGGAAUUCCUAGCACUGACUCCAACCACUGGACCCCACAGCCUUGGGCAGGUCCGGCACUUCUUUCAACGCUUUCUCUGCCUUCCUUCCAGGGCAUCCGCCGGGAUCUGGGCGGAGGCAACUGCCUGAAGGCAAGAGGCGUGAGCCACCUCAAGGUGCUGCGGAGAUGAGACGAAGCAGAGACAACCGCCUGUCUGAGAAGCCAAGGUGGGCUUGACGCCUGGGGCGGCUUGAGUUGGAUGUUCCUGACUGGGGCAAGAGGGUAGGGUGACUGGAACCAGGGUGGGCUCGGUGCUGGCAGGUGACAAUCUCCAAGACGACGGGGAAGCUGGCCCUGCGGACUCGGGGGAGACGGGAGAGGGUGGGAACGAACCCCCCUCCGAACCGAGCUGCUGCGCAACGAGGGAUUGUGGUUUGCCAAGGAGAGACGGACAAGCCAUUCCUUGGACUUCUGCCCAGAUCCAGGAGGAGUCACUCCGCCACCGGUGCUUUUCCAGUAGGGGAGAGGGCACGAGAACUUAGUGGAUCCCGGGGGGGUGGCAGGGGCUCCUGAGAACUCUAGCCUACUUUCGAAUGGACAACAUUGAAACAGAGCUUUAUCCAAGAUGAUUGCUGGUCCGUAUGAUCGCUGUCGGUAGUUGUUGUUAUUUCCUCAUUCAGCGGGGCUCGAAAAUAAAGUUAUUUUUCACAUCC